GUUACCGGAGGCCCAAUCCCGCCCCUUCCCCUAACCGCUGCUCUAACUGGGGUCGCGAGACAAGUGCAAUAAGGUACCGACUGCAGCAGGUAAAACGGGAGGUUUUUAAUGAAAACGAUGGCGUGCACACUGGUAGGGAAAGUGGUGUCUGCAGUAGUGGUUCUAGCUGUAAUUGCUGGCAUGGCUGCAGUCAUAGUUCUAACAGUCAACGAAAAUAACGAUAGUAACAAAAGUAGUAACAGCAAUGAAGCUGAGACAUCACGACCAAUCACAACCGAACGAGAAAGUGAUCUCCCUUAUAGAGUGGGCGUUGGCAUAGCUGAUAUGACGGGGCCGUGUGUAGAAAUUACUUUUAUGGGUUACGCGGAGGUAGGGCAACGGGGCCGAGGUAUCCACACGCGUCAGUUCGCUAGAUCAUUCAUCUUCGCGAAGGGAAGCAGCCGGGUCGUGCUGGUUACAGCUGAAGUACAGGCUGUUGGCAUUGCAGUCAGACGAGAGGUAGUGAAAAAUCUUCAAGAGAGGUAUGGCGUACAUAUGUACACACUGAACAACGUGAUCCUCACUGGCACUCACACGCACAGCACUCCAGGAGGUCACAUGGUGGACUUCAUUCUCGACAUCAGUAUUCUCGGCUUCUCCCGGGAAACAUUCAGCGCUUACGUUGAUGGAAUCACCAGGAGUAUAGUCCGCGCUCACGAAAACAUGGUCCCAGCUCGAUUGUUCUUUGGGCAGACAACUGUGACUGGUGCCCAGAUGAACAGAUCUCCGUUUUCUUACGAUGCGAACCCUAAAGAGGAGAGAGCCAGGUAUGAACACGUAGGCAAUCAGACGGACAUAACUCUAACUCAAGUGAAGAUCGUGAGAGAGGAUGGUCGGCUUCAUGGAGUUAUGAAUUGGUACGCAGUGCAUACCACCAGCAUGAAUAUGACGAACCAGCUCAUAUCCUCGGACAACUUGGGGUAUGCUGCGUUGAGAAUGGAGAAAGAAUUGAAUCCAUGGAGAAAGCCUGGCAAGCCAGAGAUAGUAGCUGGUUUCUUCUCGUCGAACCUUGGCGACGUAUCUCCAAACACGCAGGGAGCUCGCUGUGAGUUCUCAGGCAAGGAAUGUGACAAUCAGUUCCUCAUCUGUGAACAAAUGGAGCGCUGCUUCGCUCAAGGACCUGGCAAGGACAUGAUGGAGAGCACCAAGAUAAUUGGAACUACAGUUUUUGAAGGAGCUUUGGACCUGCUGAACACUCCUGACGAGGAGCUGGAAGAGCUGACAGGAGAUAUUUCAGUUCGCCAUCAAUUCAUGAGGAUGGCUGAACAGACUGUCCCGAAGUAUAAUACGAUUGAACAGACCUUUGACAAUGAAAAUAUGGUAAAAGGAUGUUAUCCAGCGUUAGGAUACAGUUUCGCAUCUGGAACUAUAGAUGGAGCCAACACGAUGAAUAUUACACAGGGUACAUUGGAGCCUAUGCCGAUACUUGGCUUUAUUGCCAGCCUCAUUGGCGCAGCCACGGAAGAAGACAAGAACUGUCAUUUUCCUAAGCCCAUCUUGCUGGCUACUGGGAGAGCAAACUUCCCACUGCCAUGGCAUCCGCACAUCGUAUCAGCUUCUGUUGUCUGGUUGGGUGGUUUGGCCAUUUUGGGAGUGCCUGGGGAGCCGACCACCAUGGCUGGCAGACGUAUGAGGGCGGCAGUUGGGAAGUUGAUGGAAAGCAAGGGGAUCGAACCCAAGGUCGUCGUCUCCGGACUAACAAACGAGUAUAUACAUUACGUGAGCACUUUUGAAGAGUAUCAGGUACAACGGUACGAGGCAGCCUCUACCCUGUAUGGUCCUCACACUCUCGACGUAUUUAUCAACAAGUUCGUCGAACUGACUGAUGCUAUUAUUGAGGACACCGAAGUAGAAGAAGGCGCUUCUCCCCCGGACCAUAGAAACCGCAUCCUGUCCCUGAUCACUCCCGUAGUGUUGGACUCCACCCCUCUCAACCAGCGUUUUGGAGACUGCGUGAUACAGCCACCAGCUCGCGUGCGCAGGGGAGAUGUCGUCUCUGCUACUUUUGUCGGUGCAAAUCCUCGCAAUGACUUGAAACAAGAAGAGAGUCACGCUGUAGUGGAAAGGUUAGAGCUCGCAGAGUGGAUGGAGGUCGCAAACGAUGCUGAUUGGGAUACCGUGUUCCGUUGGGAGCGUAUGUCACUUCUACGAGGCACGAGCCAGGUGACCUUCGAGUGGAGAGUUCCUGAGGACGCCAUUCUCACACGCUACCGCAUUGUGUAUCAUGGAGCCGCGAGGGCCAUACGUGGGUCUCUCACACCCUUCCGAGGAGUCAGCGAUGAGUUUGAACUAUAUUAAUGGCACUAUCUUCUAAAUUAAGUAACUAAUGUGAACCGGUACCAAAUAGAUAAAUUAUUGUUCAUUAUUAUCUGGCUGAUAAAGUUAGGUAUCAGGAAUUAGCCGUCCCAUUUUUGUGCUCGAUAUAAUGAAAAUUAGUUCAGUAGUUUUUGCGUAAAAAUGUAAAAGAUAGACAGACAAAUACAGUUUUUUAUAUUUUUGGUAUAAUCGUUAUGUAGUUCCUUGUUUCAUUGUGUAAUCUUAAUUCAUUAAAAUACUCACACACACAUAUAUACAUAAAUACUUAGGUAAAACCGUUCUCUAAACUCUUUUUGGGUUAAGUAGGCAGAAAACAUGUAAGUAGUUUAGAUAUGAUGUGAAAGCAGGUUGCAGGUUAAGCGCAAUAAUGAACUGUGGGCACAGCCUAGAGUAGGAGAAGCAAAUGGGGGACUUUUAGUCAGUAAGUCUGACACUUAAGGCAGGAGACAAUAUAUGAUGAUAAUAUGCCAUCAAAAAAUAAAAUAUGUAGGUAGGGUAAACGCAUCAGUUAUGGACAAGGAAACAGUACCUAAUGGACGAAAAAUAAAUAAAUGUCUCAAAAUAAGGACGUGAAAAAAUCGAAUUUUGAUUUGUUUCCAGUCGACAC